AUGGAAGGUGCCUUUACGCAUGUAGGCAACCAUCUCAUCUCCGACUCAGCUGCUGCCAUAAAGGCUGGCGCCGACGAUUUGUCCGCACUUGAUCCAGACGAGAGUUUGCUGUACGGCAAGUAUGGCUCUGGACGAAGUGGGCGUCGCCGCGCCGAUGACGACGAUAACCAGACCGAGGCCUUCGAGGAAGAUGAUAACGACAGCCUUAACAGCGUCCCUGUGGACGGCAUGAGUGGCCUCAAGCUGAAGAAUAUGGACGAAGAGAAGGAGCUUCCUCCGCACGCCUGCGCUUACUGUGGCAUCCACUCCCCUGCCUGCGUGGUCAAAUGUCUUACCUGUAACAAGUGGUUUUGCAGCGCGAGAGGCAACGGCACGUCAACGCACAUCGUCAACCAUUUAGUUCGAGCGAGACACAAGGAGGUUCAGUUGCACCCCGAGUCUGCUCUGGGAGAUACGGUUUUGGAAUGCUACAACUGCGGUACGAAGAAUGCUUUCCUCCUUGGAUUUAUCCCAGCCAAGUCGGACACGGUCGUGGUGCUUUUGUGUCGCCAACCUUGUGCAUCCAGCACGUCAACGAAGGACAUGAACUGGGAUAUCUCGCGCUGGGAGCCUCUCAUUGAGGAACGAGCAUUCUUGACUUGGCUUGUCAGUGCUCCAUCGGAUGUUGAGCAGCUCCGUGCUCGCCACCUAUCUCCCAACACAAUUGCCAAGCUGGAGGAAAUGUGGAAGGUUCAGCCAACCGCAACUGUUGCCGACCUCGAAAAAGCGUCCAACAUUGACGACGACCCCGACCCUGUACUGCUCCGAUACGACGACCCAUACCACUACCAGAACAUUUUUGGCCCUCUGGUCAAGAUGGAGUCGGAUUAUGACAAGAAAUUGAAGGAAGCUCAGUCUGAAGACGGCCUCAUUGUUCGAUGGGAUUAUGGUCUCAACAACAAGCACCUGGUCAGCUUUAAUCUGCACAAGAUUGAAUCCGGAGACGUCAAGCUUGCAGUCGGUGACGAAAUGAGACUUCGGUACAAUGGUGAGCUUCGUGAACCAUGGGAAGGUGUUGGGUAUGUUAUCAAGAUCCCCAACAGUCAGUCGGACGAAGUGUGUUUGGAAUUGCGCAAGACUGGAAACGACAAGCUUGUACCCACCGAUUUGUCCCAUAAUUUUUCCGCAGAUUACGUUUGGAAGGCUACCUCGUAUGAUCGUAUGCAGCUGGCUAUGAAGACAUUUGCUGUCGAUGACAUGAGUGUCUCUGGCUACAUUUUCCACACGCUGCUUGGCCACGAGGUUCAACUCCAGCCGAUGCAAUCCAAGCUACCUAGAAAGUGGUCUGCACCUGGCCUUCCUGAUCUUAACCAAAGCCAAGUCGACGCCAUCAAGUCUGUCUUGCAGAAGCCGUUGAGUCUGAUUCAAGGCCCGCCCGGAACUGGAAAGACUGUCACUUCUGCCACCAUUAUUUACCACCUUGCCAAAAUGAGCGGAAACCAGGUCCUUGUCUGCGCGCCGUCAAACGUUGCGGUUGAUCAGCUUUGCGAACGCAUUCAUCACACCAAUCUUAAGGUAGUCCGUCUCACGGCCAAAUCAAGAGAAGAUGUCGAGUCCUCUGUUAGCUUCCUUGCCUUGCAUGAACAAGUUAGGCUGUCGGAACACAACAGCGAGCUCGUCAAGCUUUCACAGCUCAAGAACGACGUCGGAGAACUGUCCAGUCAAGAUGAGAAGAAGUUCAAGCAACUCACCAAAGCAGCCGAGAGAGAAAUUCUCAACAACGCAGACGUGGUUUGCUGCACCUGCGUCGGUGCUGGCGACCCGCGCUUGUCCAAGAUGAAAUUCCGAAACGUGCUUAUUGACGAGUCUACACAGUCCGCGGAACCCGAAUGCAUGAUUCCCUUGGUUCUUGGUUGCAAGCAAGUUGUUCUUGUUGGAGACCACAAACAGCUCGGACCUGUCAUUAUGAACAAGAAGGCCGCAAAAGCUGGCUUGAAUCAGUCUCUCUUUGAAAGACUAAUCAAGCUUCAGCUUGCUCCCAUUCGACUGACUACGCAAUACAGAAUGCAUCCCUGUCUUUCCGAAUUUCCGUCCAACAUGUUUUACGAUGGUAGUUUGCAAAAUGGCAUCACGCACGAGCAUCGACUGCGAAAGGAUGUCGACUUCCCCUGGCCUAUUGCUGAGACUCCCAUGAUGUUCUGGUCGAAUCUGGGCAACGAAGAAAUUUCCACGUCUGGAACAUCGUAUCUCAAUCGCACCGAAGCGUCCAAUGUCGAGAAGACGGUCACCCGAUUUUUCAAGGCUGGUGUCAAGCCUUCCGAGAUUGGUGUCAUUACGCCAUACGAAGGGCAGAGAAGCUACAUUGUUACGACGAUGCAGAACUCGGGUUCUUUCAAAAAGGAAUACUAUAAAGAGGUGGAAGUCGCCUCUGUUGAUGCAUUCCAGGGUCGUGAGAAGGACUUCAUUGUCCUCUCGUGUGUACGAUCCAACGAGAACCAGGGCAUUGGUUUCUUGUCCGACCCGCGCCGAUUGAACGUGGCUCUGACCCGAGCCAAGUACGGGCUGGUGAUUUUGGGCAACCCCAAAGUUUUGUCGAAACACGAGCUCUGGCACAAUCUCCUUGUUCAUUUCAAGGAUCGCAAGUGCUUCGUGGAAGGCCCCCUUACCAACCUGCAAGCUUGUCUGUUGCAGUUUAGCCGACCCAAAGUCAGCUUCCGGCAGAAGAACAACCAUCAGUCGCAGUUCGGCGCAAGCGGAUAUGCCAAUGGCCGCUUCAAUGGUGGUGGGCCAUCAGGACGGGAUUUUGACUCUGGGUCGAUGAUGUCGUAUAUUCCUGACGACGUGUCCUCUAUUCAAGGAUCUGCCUUUGGGGGUGCUGCCCUCAACUCUGCCUUCCCGCCCAUGUUCUCCAGCUUUACACCCGAACAGUGGCCGGGACUUCCUGGAGUACCAGCGCCUGGCCGAGGCAACAAAGGGCGUGGCCGUGCAACGGAGAGCAUUGCAGGCGAAAGCGUCGCCAACUCUGAACUCACUGACACGACCACCAGCGUUAUUGGAGGUAAAGGGGUUAGCCAAGGUGGUGUCAGCCUAGGGGCUGGAUUGCACGAUGCGGUGACAGGAAUGCGUCCAGUCUCGUACACGCAAAGUGACAGGCUUAAGCAAUAUGUUGAGAGCAAUGGCCGCAUAGCACCAGGCAGUGGGUUUGGCAGACGAUAUGACGACGACGAAAAGAGCGUUAGCACAGCCUUUCAUAGUCAGAUUGGCGGUGGGUACGACUGA